CGGAGGAGCGAUUGUCGGGUCGGUCGACGGACGGACGACAUCGCGGAGACACCGCCACGCCGGUGGUAAAGAACCUCCACUAUAUAAUAUUGUAGUCAGUACUGGACCGGCACGCGAACCGUCUCGGCGUGGUUUAUUCGAACCGGCCCGUCCGUCGAAAAUAAUAUUAUGUUAUUUCGUAUACAUUUCGUCAUUGUGCCGGCGCACGUUUCCGUUUCCGCCCACGCGUUUGCAUUGUGUGUUAUGUGAAAAAUGUUUAAUAAUAAUAAUUAUUAUUGUUAUUGUUUAAAUUAUAACAAUAGUACGGCGGUUAUCAAUUGAAAUUUAUUAAAUCGUUUUGAGUAUUUUUUUUUUUUUUUUCGUUUUUCCGUCUAACAAUGUAGCCUACUCGAUGCGCACUCGACUUAAUCCGAUAAUACUGCCGAAGAAUACACUUCUUUUAUCUUUUCACACUCUUCGGUUCGACAACGACUUAUAAAUCUAUCGGUGUUUUUUUUUUUACGGACUACAAACACCCAUUACAGAAGUUAAAACCAAAAAUGUGGAAAAGCGAUCUCACGAAGACUUGAUGAUAAAUUCAAAUCUGUUUCCAGAAUUCUUAUCGCUUCAUUAUUUAUUUUCAAUCGUGGCGGCAAUCGUACAGGCACUACUUCCGUGCGCGAGUCAUUGUCGUCGGCCGCAGUUCGGUGUAUGGGCCAUGGGCAGAAGAUGUUAAACACUCCGUGCUGGAAAACGGGCCGGCCGGAUAACGGGAACAAUGGCGGCGCUGCAGUUGUUGCAUCGCCCGCGGCCGUGCUCCAGGACGCGGACAAGUCAAUGCGAUUGCAGGCCUGCUGGAUCCGGUUGUGGGACAGGUGGGCGUGCGAACAACGAAACGUGGUUCUGUACCAGAUGCACAUCAAUCACGCGCUGUCUCGAGAACGGUCCAAGCUAACGCUGGCCGGCGGCCGGGUGGUAUCGUGCAAGCGUAUUAAGCAGCAGCAGCAGCAGGCGGAACCGUCGGAUUCCCUGUGUUGUGGCACGACCGCGACGACGCUGCAGCCGUGUACGACCGCCGUCGGGUCCACCGCGGUGCAUCUCGCCAGCAGGUGCAUCGGUUUGUCGAAUGACGUCGACGACUACGACGACGUCACCGCCGCCGCUUCGGUCGCGUCGCCCACCGCGUCGGACGCCUCGGGCGCCCGUGACCUCCGCGUGCUGUCUACGGCUGUCGACCGACUCCGGGCGUCCGGUUGGUACUACGAGGGCGCCGAGGCACAAGCGCGGGCCGCGGAAGCGCUGGUCUGCAUGCCCGCCGGCCGGUUUUGCGUUCGCGAUUCCAGACACUCGGAACACCUGUUCACGAUGGACGUGCAGACCGGUCGCGCCGGCGAGUCCCGGCUGAUGAGCGUCCGGUUCACGUACGCGGACGGCGUGUUCGGGCUGGACUCGAUGCCGCGGCGCGCCGACGCCCUCCGCGUCCCGAAGUUCCGGUGUCCGAUCGAACUGAUCGACUACUACGUCCGGCUGUCCCGGAUCGGGGCCGUCCGCCAGAUGCUCGUGUACCCCGUGUGGAUCGACCAGUGUGGCCAGUUCUUCUCGUGGAUGAACCUUCGCCGGCCGAUGGUCAAGACCACCGACACCGGGUUCCCGUCGCUGAAGCACAUGGCCCGGCUGGUCAUCAACCGGCACAAGCGUCUCAUCACCAUCACUCCCACGUCUCUGCCAAACGAACUGAUCGAAUAUUUACUACAAUAUCCGUAUAGCCUGUGAUUAUAAUAUUAUAAUAUGAUAUAAUUAUUUUCCACGUCGUGUCUACGUUACAUUUUUACUAUUAUUACUUUAAUUAUUAUUUUUACUGUCAUUCUUGAUUUAUUAUUCUUAGGUUUACGAU